AAAUAUGCGUGCUGAAGUAAUGCAAGGACCAUCACAAACAGAAGUUAAGUUAACAUAUGAAUUAAUGAAGACUAAUUUUAAGUGUAAAAUGAUUAACAUGUCUUCGAAGCUGAGAGAGGAUGAUCUUCAAAAGCUUCGUUAUUAUUUAGAAGGAGUCAUACCGAUUAAUAAUUGUUCCGACUCUAUGGAUAUAUUACGAUUACUAGAGCACGAAGCAAGGAUUUCGUGGGAUAAUAUUAAUUUCGUUAAGAAAGCCAUGGGAAGUAUUACAAGACAAGAUCUUGUUGAAGAUUUAACUAAGUAUGAAGUUAAGAGGAAUUUGACACUCCUGUUGGAUUUCUAUGCGAAGAGCAAUCUAGGAUUGGAUUCAAACUUUUGCGAUAAUAAAUUAGGAAUGAACAUGGUAGCUUCGCGCUUACGGAAGAUUAUGGAUAGUGCUCUCGAGAGUGUUAAAAUCAGAAGCAUAUGCUCAACCGUUGAGUCCAGUAGAGAUUUAAAGAAAGUAUUAAUGGCCUUAGAGGAGAAGAUGGAUGAAGAACCAUCACUAUCAUGGGAUGACUUUACUAUGCUUGUAAUUUUUGCUGGAGAAAUUAUAACAAUCGCUUCCGCCGAUGAAGAACAACAGGAGUCAUUGUUAGACCUAUGCACAACUGCUGCUGAUGAGCUCUGCUCUCGAAUGAAUGCCAGAGGAAACUGGGUAAGAUUGUAGUUUAGAUUUUAUACCUUGAGUAUCAGAGUUCUGAAAAAAUGUAUCUUCGUUUCGUUUUUUGGUUUAUUUUGUUUCGGCGCAGAAACAGUUCUGUGAAAAUUUUUGCUGCGUAGAACACUCUAAUUGAUUAUUCAGCCGUUGCCUGGAAGUGAUUGGUCGAAUUUUAACAUGUGAUCAAAGCUUUCGAAUGUGAUAGGAAGAUCACUCUGCCGACUGAAAGUCAUGCAGAUUACAUAGCCAUUUUGAUCAGAAAAUAUAAAUAGGAAUUACUUCGCUGAGUAACGCUGAACGUUAUUUGGUUAUCUCUUGUAUUUCGAUAAUUGUUGAGGAAACCAAAGACGGAAGUCGUUUGACAGCCGUUCCGUCAAAUUAAUCACGAAUAGACCCAAACCUCACUUCAUACUCUCCUUUAGAUGUUCUUAUUGUUGAUUUAAUAGACACGUUCAAAGAUAUCAGAACAGAGUCGUACACCAUGGCCUUGAAAAGGUCCCAUUUCAAGUUGAAUUACUUCCAUUUUUCUUCCACUUCUGCAUCAUGAAGUUGUUUUGUUCAUUUCAAUGUCUUUAUUGACUCUUCAUGCAUAAAGAACCAUUAUAUAUGAAACAUACCAUGAUAGUCAAACAAUUGAAAGUUAUUUGAAGCGAAACAGGUCGGGCCAUAUGAACGGAAAACGGCUAUGAAAUAUUUUUACUUAGAAAUCGCUUUGAGGAUUGGUGAAAAGAGAAUGCAAACGGAAAUCAGCAUUGGCAUUACGACGAUUAAUCUGGCAGAAGGGUUAUCUAACAGGCUUAUAUCCAAGUGAAAAAUAUUUUUUUCUGACAGGAAGAGUCCACUUCACUUUUUUAUAAUCUGUGCAUGGCCGACGCUGAAAGGUCUCAAAAAUUUGACAUAUAGAGAACUUUAAGUGUACACUGAUUACAGAAAGAUGUUUUAACCAAUUUCCAUUUUCCAGCUGCCUGUUUAGUGUAGUUAUUUUAGUGUUUCUUUCGUUGCAUGGAUUACCUUUCAUUGCCCAUUAUGUUUACUCUGUUCCUAUUUUUAGCCUUCGAACACAUCCGGGUCUUCAUGCUCAGUAAUUCCAUGAUGAAAAUAGGAAUGGCUUUUUAGAGAUGCUCGUUCAAAAAUCUCAACCAGUUGUUUUUACUUCCACGGCCAGUUUUA